AUGUCAGCAACGCUUUCCUACCUUUUCAUUCCCUCUUGUCAGAACAACAAGGCGAUGGCCAUGAUGGAUUUACUGCCACUACACUUUUAUUACUCCGCCAAUUUUUUUCUCUGCUUUCUCAUGGUGUGCUCGAGACCAGAGGAUCCACGGCCACUUCAUCGUCCAUCUGUGGACGAAGCGAGCCUGGCUGGACUCUGGAAUUGA